AAAUCUGAAGAAGCAAGCUUCGUAUUGGUUUCUAUUUUAUUUUGGAAAUUAGCUUGCAAUUAAUCAAUUGGAUGGAUAUUUAUGUAAUUAGCUAGUUAGAAAUAAAUUGUUUUCCGAUAGUUAGUUACCACAUACAAUCAUUCUGGAUUCCCAAAAGAGGACUUAUUUGGACAUCUACAAGAUGGAUCUGGCGGAGACCAUGAAGAGCGUGCUGGCGAAGAGCACGGGCGGCUCGGGCGGCGCGGCGGGCGCCAGCAGCGCGGCGGCCCCGCACGGCGCCGAGGGCUACGUCACGGAAAAGCUGUACAUGCUGCUGCAGCUCUAUUUACAAAACAAGGGCUGGAGCCCCAGUAUAGAACUUUUACAAUGCUUUAGUGACCUCAAGGAAUCUUCUAUGCUUCCAAGUGCAGCUUAUUUGCAGAUGAUGGCUUCUAGAGUAGGUUUGGAUACCCAAGGCAGACUGAUACUUCGUGAAAAUGGCAAAAUCAUCCUACCAUAUGAACAUUUUGCUAAUGCUGUGAUGUUAAAACACAUGAAUGGCCCGCAUGGAUUGCAUUUGGGCCUAGAAGCUACAGUUAGAGCUGUUGUGGAAUCAUACACAAUAGGCCGUGAACAGUUUGGAAUGGAGAAGGAAUUUAUAAUUGAGGUGGUCCAAAACUGCCCCAACCCUGCGUGCCGGUAUUAUAAAAAUCAACUAGAGAUGACUCAAAAAUCAAUACAACAGCAUCUGUCGCAGCAGCCAACAUACAUCCCAGGUAAGGAAAUGGUAUCAUUUAUGGGAGCCAAGGACAACGACAAUAAUGAAUUAGACUCGGAGUCAGAUGCGUCAUCCCAGGAUUCCCAGACAGCUGAUGCUGACAACUCAGACUCGCCACCGCCGGCUGCUCAAAUGCAAGAUCAGUCGCGAUCAGAUAAUUGCGAAAGACCAAGAAAUGCGAGGAAAACUAAUGAAUCACAAGGAGCUGCUGACGCUACAAAUCCUCAGGACGAUAAAUCUUUCCUUCGAUAUUUUGACAAUGGCUCAGAAAGGUUUCGCUACGAUGAGGACGAAUACCAUUAUUUUGCAAUAAAUAUUGCAUCUCAAUUGCGGAAACUUCCAGUAGUCGAAGCAUUAUCCUUGCAAGUAGCUAUACAACGUGAAUUAAUUGCCGCUAGGUGUAGAAACAUGUUCCCGUAUCUAUUAACCAACACACCAUCAAUUCCAGAUGUUGACAUAAACCGUAACUCUAACGUUCAAAGUGACGUUUACGUAAACCGAAACUACUCUAACGUACCAAGCGACGUUUUCAUAAACCGUAACUACUCUAACUUACAAAGUGACGUCCACUUUAACCGUAACUACUCUAACAUACCAAGCGACGCUUUCAUAAAUAACGUACCACGCGACUUUUUCAUAAACCGUAACUACUCUAACUUACAAAGUGACGUGCACUUUAGCCGUUAUUACUCUAACAUACAAAGCGACGUUCUCAUAAACCGUAACUCCAACGUACAAAGCGACGUUAACGUAAACCGUAACUCUAACGUACAAAGCGAAGUUAACGUAAACCGUAACUCUAACGUACAAAGCGACGUUUUAAUAAACCGUAACUCUAACGUACAAAGCGACGUUUUAAUAAACCGUAACUCUAACGUACAAAGCGACGUUAACGUUAACCGUAACUCUAACGUACAAAGAGACGUUAGCGUAAACCGUAACUCUAACGUACAAAGAGACGUUAGCGUAAACCGUAACUCUAACGUACAAAGAGACGUUAGCGUAAACCGUAACUCUAACGUACAAAGAGACGUUAACGUUAACCAUAACUCUAACGUACAAAGUGACGUCGGCAUGAACCGUAACUUUAACGUACAAAGAGACGUUAGCGUAAACCGUAACUCUAACGUACAAAGAGACGUUAACGUUAACCGUAACUCUAACGUACAAAGUGACGUCGGUAUGAACCGUAACUACUCUAACGUACAAAGCGACGUUCUCAUAAACCGUAACUCUAACGUAGAAAGCGAUACACUUUCAGAUCCAAUUCGGACCGAAAAUACUUCUGCACGUGAUGCUUCUGACACUGAAACUGAUGCAGGUCCAGAUGAAAACAUCCAGACUGCAGACAGUCCUGACUCACUGCCUGAUUCCAACACUGACACACUGAUUCCAAAUUCAGCUCCAAAUAACCCUUCCGUUACAGUAACCGACUCACGCCCAGUUACAUACGCAUAUCCUGUAGACUAUUCAUUGCAUGUUCCAUUCCUUCCACGAGCAGUGGUUAGGGGUGUAGCCCUAAAUGCACCUAUCGACUAUUCGUUAUCGUUUGAUGACGUUUCUUCAUUUGAAGAAGAUGAAAUGCGCCCAAGUCUAAACAUUCCUGUAGACUACACAAUUUCGUUUUUAAGACCUAACCCAAAAGCGCCCAGCGCUCAUAACAAUAUCAAAGUUCCAUCUACAAUCCCUCGCCCGCGACUGCCCUCUGCCCCAUACAUGAGGGUCAACCCACCUUUCUUGCGUCGUUCUUUAGUUCGACAGCCCCGGACAGUUUCAGCCCCGACCAUGAAUCCUAUGAAUGAUGAUUGGUAUCCUACUUCAAGCGCACAAUUUGCCCCCCCUCGUACAUUUGUAAACACACAACUCGCGCAUGCACACAAUGUCCCUCUUACAAGGCCGUAUUUUGCCUAACUGGCGACGCUUAAAGCCGCUAUAAUAUAAUUGUACCUAAUUUUUGGUCCACACAAGCAAAAAUUUAAAGUUUUAUAAGAAAGGGAAUGAAGGAUGAGGAUAUUUUUUAUUUAAAACUGUAAAUAAAAAAACGGAAAUAAAUACAACUUUUAUGGUUCCUAUGUGACUAGUCUAUUUCCAUACCAAAAACUUGAAAAUAAUAAGAUUUUAGGAUUUUUUGCCAGUGUACACUGGUGUUACACUGGUAGAUCUCUUUACUACAAAUGACAACUAAUACUAGACUUAAAAUAAUAUAAUAAUUAUAUUAUGAUAGGUAUUAGGACCAACUACACAAACAGAUGCAAUUAGAUUACGUUUAGGCGUAAACUUGGUUAGUACCUGGUUUUAAUUCAUUACAAAUAUUUAAGAUUAAUUACAAGUGAGAAUUGAUUGAUUCUACUAAUUAUUUAUUUUAAUUAAAUGUUAUUUUUUAAGUUUGGGUUAUUUUUUUAUUGUUAUGAAUUUUUAAGUAAUUUUUAUAUGCGCAUAAGAUGCAUGCACGCUUUUCGUGAUUGUAUAAGAUCUUAUAAUAUUCAUGUACCUGGCCUAAUGAAUUUAUAAAAUAAAAGAUUGCAAUUGACUUAGUUUUCGAAAAUAAGUGAUUUAUUGUAGUCAAGAUUUUUUUCGAGAUUUUAAGACAAGUCCGUCUGUAAAAUUAAUGUGAAAAUACAUGUAGAAUGUAGGGUCAGCUACAUGAAUUUCACCAAUAUUUUAUUUUCAUAUGUUAUCAGUGGAUAGCAUAUGAAAAAAAAAAACUAAUUUAAGUAAUGAUAUCUCUACGAAACAUAUUUAGACCGCUAUAAUAGGUCUAAUAUAAUUAUAUAAAUACAGGACUUAUCGAUAAUCUUGGUUAAUGAUUAGUAUGAUUGUGGAUUUGGGAUAGUGUCCAAUGCAAAAGCUGGGUCUGCUGACAUUUACCAUUGACAACAUUUCACAAUUUUGACCUAUGAAAAAUUCAAUAAGUAGGUAUGUAGGUACAAUGGUGACCAUUACUGUUAUCAGUAACUGAUAACUUUUUUGAAUCAAUGUGAUUUGUUGAUAACUUGAUAUUUUUAAAAGCAUUUAUACAUUUCAUUACAUGAUUUUUAGAUGUAUUUCCAUUUUUUUUCUAUGUUAGAUUAGAACAUUACAAUAAUGUUCAAAAUAAAUUUUAACAAAUUAUAUUAAGACGAAAACUAAGAAAUUAAUUUAAUUUUACAAGACCAUUGCUGUGAUUUAUUAAUUGUAUGCAGUUGUUAUUUUGUUUAUUGUAAUCUAUUGACCAUCUAAUGGUCAAAUUAACUUUGAUGAAAUGUUGUCAAGUUAAUAAUGCUGGGAUGUAUAAAGUAAAGCGUGCCAUAUCGGUGUUAUAGUAUAAGAAAGUAUGAUCACUUAUGAUAACGAUAGUACUGAAUAAACACUUUUCAUGAUUGACAGUACUGUUUUACUUACCUGCAUAUAAUCCUCUGAUAUUGCAGCACUCCCAGCCAUCUGAAGUGUUG